GUAAAUUGUCUCUUGGAUAUUACAUUUAAAAGAAACCUUCUGGUUCUUGUAUCAAGUUGUCUCAGUUUUGCUGCAUCAUGAGAUCUUUAAUUGUCUUCAUUGCCAUCUUUGCCUUAUGUUCAACGGCUCAAGGUAUGCUUGGCUUGGAAUACGGAGCUGGUCUUGAAAAACUUAAAGGACUUUAUGGUUUAGAAUUAAAGAAACUUGGAGCUGAGAAGGCGAUAGCAUGGCCAUACCUGUAUUAUUAUCCACUUCUUAUUAAGGAGAAAGAGCAUGAGAUUGGCUUUGGAAAAGAGCUGGGUCUUGAAAAAUCGGCACAUGAGACCAGCAUUGGAAAAGAGCUAGGUCUUGAAAAAUUGGCACAUGAGAUCAGUAUUGGGAAAGAGCUAGGUCUUGAAAAAUUGGCCCAUGAGAUCGUUUUUGGGAAAGAGUUAGGUACUGAGAAAGGUUUGGAAUACGGAAAGAAAUUUUAUUAAGAAUAUAAGAUGCAGUUGAGAUUCCGAAGCUCAAAUGAAAUAUUCUUUCACAACCUGAG